UGCGGGUACAAGGCUGACCCAUUUUGUCACACACUCACAGAUUGUGUACUGUGUGUCCUGUCCUUACUCUAUGGUGUGAGGUGUCGAAACGGAUUUUAAAAUGGCGACCAGUCUGGACCAAACUUUAGGAAUGGGUCUGGUGACCUUAGCUGGUGUUAUAUUUACAUACUAUACAGUUUGGGUGAUAUUAAUGCCAUUUGCAGAUAAUGAUAACAUGAUUCAACAAUUCUUCCUGCCCAGAAUCUAUGCAAUUAUAAUUCCUUUCAUCGCUGGAUUAGCUUUAUUGACAUUCCUAGGAGUUUUUAUUACCAUCGUCAUGGUAAAAAAGAAGAAAACCAAGUGAUCUACACUACUCAACAAACUGCUCACUCAUACAAUAAAUUGUUGUCAAUCUGUUCCUCUUUUUUAUACUUUGCUUUAAAAUAUUAUGAAGUUCUUUGUUUUGUUCAACAUCAUUAUCAGAGAGUGCCAUUCUCUAUUUAGCUUAAUAAUUGUAGCAUAAAAUCAUUAACUCUAAAGUUGUAUGUUUAAGAUGUUAUUUGUUUUAAAAAAACUCCAAAGAUUUUAGACAUUUUGUUGUUGGACAGCAAUUAACUUUAUUCGACAUACAGCAACCAACUGGAGACUUUUGAACACUAGGUGGCAGCAGACUUGCCAGGUAAUUACCAUUGUUAAUGUAGUUCUGAGAAUGCGCACAUUACCAAGAACAAUGGAUUAACCCGGUAAGCAUGCUGCCACCCAGCGUCCUAAAAGUUCCACCGCAAUCAACGACUGAGUGAACAUUAUUGAUUAACUUUAGGUUAAACAAGGGGCUCCAGUCAAAAAGAUAAAUGUUAUGCUUGGUUUUUAGCAACCAAACACCUUUGGGAGUUAUUAAUAUUAUAUUUUGCCAAACUUGAUAUAAUUUUCAGAAUGCUUUCAUUGUUUUAAAUCUUUUCAUCAUUGCUAUCAAAUACAUUUUUUUUCCCCACAAUUUUUAGUUAUUUGCUACUGAUGUAAUACCAUUGAUGUAGAGCUUGUA